UGUCGCAAUCUAUUUAUACUAGAAGAUAUUUGUAAUAUUCACUAGUGGGACUUUCCUACUUUUUAACAAAUAGUGUUGGCGCAACUAAGGAUGUUUUUGAUAAGAGACUUGAUGGAGGCAUAAUGAUAUUUGCUGUGAUGUAGUACUGAACGAAUUUCAGUGUGUUGUAAUGGUGGAUAUUUCUUGAUUUGGGAGUUGUAGUAUAAAUAUAAUUCAAGGCAACAAAUACAAUACAAAUGCCCCACGAAUUGGGGUAUCACGUGUGACUAACACAUUUCCCGCCUUGUGUCAGUCAGUGUAAUAUUGUAAAUGCCGGAACUCUAUGGAAAGAUGCACCAUUCAUCCAAGCUAAGUCUAAAUCGUGCUAGUGCUGUCUGACCACGUGUGACGAAAGUAGGAAUGUACUGAUGGAGAUAGAUCCAUAGUUCCCUCCCCGAUUUAAUUGUGGGGACAAUUGAAAUAUUCAGUAUUUCUGGAUGGCAAGAUUGGGUGGGAGUUUUCAGUGGUUUUGUCUUGAGGUUAGACAUUUGGAAAUGGGUUAAGGUAAAGAUUUUGGUAUUGCUAGAAUGAAAUAAAACGCCAACCUCGUUUCGGAAUUAUCGUUACAAAGGACGUACUGUUUCCUCUCUCCCCAAAUAUAGUGUGUUUUGGAAGCGGUGCAGCGCCUCGGUCUCGCUGCGAUGAAGUGGGACGGGGAGGGGAUAUUAUCCAGGGCGAGGUUGGCAGUUGAGACAGGAAAGCGUAGUGGGAAACAAAUCAAGGACAUCAGACAUGAAUUCAUCCUGGUAACAUUUGCAUAGGCUUCCGUUAUGUUUUCAUUGUCAAAGCAGUUUUUCAUCCACACUACGAUGGAUGCUGUGUGCAUGGCGCAUCUAUUGUGCUACUGAGGACUCGUUGGAAAUACAAUCGGACUGAAGAGGUAGAAAAUGAACGGGUUCCAGACCAGUCCUCCUGAAUGUCCAGACAGCGUCUGUUUAAUCGAAGGACUACCCCCUUUGCCAAAAGGCCUCAGCGGCAUCCUGAACUCCAGUGGUGGCUCAUGGAGGGACAUCAAAAAAGUCUACAGUAAACUGACAAGCAUUCAGGCCGACAUUAGCAAGUCUACAGUGAUCGACUCUCUCGGCCGCAGCAAGCCUGCAAGUCUGGACGCAGGGCUCGCAGUGCUGCGCGAAGAAAUGGUGGGCCUCAGACAGUUGGACAUGUCUCUGCACUGUCAGCUGUGGUCUCUCUAUGAGUCCAUCCAGGAGUACAAGGGAGCCUUUCAGGACAUCUCCAACUCUCUGCUGUCAGAGAGCAGCAUCACUACAGAAAAUAGUUACUCUGAGGAAGAGGAUGAUUAUGAAGAGGAGGAGAACGAUGGUGAUAAUGUACCUCAGAAGCUACCUGGCACUUCACUGACUCUCCAGUCAACUCAAAACUCCCAGGACCAAUGGAUCAAAGAGUCUUUCCACAUUUCCUUAUAAACCAACUCAUAUUUUUUCCUGUAUUUACAUAAUAUAAUCUGUUUCCUGUUUUGUAUAGCUGUUUUAUUAUUUAUUAUACUUGUACCCAGCUAGCUAGGUUAUUGGCAGAAAAACAUUUUUAUACUGGUGCCCUACUGAUGAACUGUCUCCAUCACACAAGGAGCUGACAUUUUCAACAAAACCUUGUUACUAUACGAUCCUUCGUUAAAGAGACCUUGCUUGUUGAUUUGGACUAAUUGUGUGUAUCUUGAAAACACAAGCCAAUUAAGCCAUAUUUCAAAUACCUGAUGAUUUAUUUAUAUAUAUACAUACAUAUAUGCUUGUAAAUGCCUUGUAAUUUACUCCUUCAUCGGAGUAAAACAGAUUUUUCUCUAAAUAUAAUUUUCUUCUCUACAAUUUUAAGAUUGAAUGUAAAUCUUAGACACAUAGUCACAUACACACAAUGUCAGUAUUUUUCUUUUUUGUUUGUUGUGAUGGGAAGUUUAUGUAUUGAGCUUUUUUAAUAUCUUGGCAUAAAAAUAAAAAAUGCUAUGGACAGUAA